AUGUCGAAGAAACGUUAUGAAAAUUUAUUAACAGAGAGGUAUUUGACUUUACAAGAAAAUAAAACUCACCAGAAUAAAAGUAAGCGACCACACAAAGCCAAUGACUUGCAUUUUAUUUUUGUUUUGGAAGCUUUUCUUUCUAUGAUAACUGAGAUUCAUCAAUGGAGUCUUCUGCAUAAUUACUUCUGGUGCAUUUUUAUUUGCUGA